UACACGUUUCCCAUUUAGCUAAAAAAUGGAAUAGGAAAACCAUCAACUUUAUGUAAGUAUCUCAGAAGAGAAUCGCAAUCCGUGCAUUUCUUGGAUUUUGGAUUUGUAUGAUAAGAAGCAAAAGCUUCAUAGAGAUUUUGGAAUCAUGGCGAAGAAAUCCGAUUUCACACAGAAAUUGUUGGAUGAUCUCCGCCUGAGGAAGGAGCUCUUGGCCAUGGCUCAGAGUGCGCCGGACAACUCGAAACAGGUCACUCCACUAGACCAGUAUGAGUAUUUCAAAAGAUUAUCUCAUGGAUCCAAAGAAGGAAAAUUGUAUAAAACUAAUCCCCCAAAGCCAAGGCCCAACAGUGCAAUUCACAGGUUGCUUGAUCUCCCAUCCAAAGCCUCUGAAGAAAUUGUAUUAUAUGAGAACCCGAACAACUUCAAAUCCAUCUCCAACCUCUCAAUGGCUCUAGCAUUUGCAGCAGCCACUGGCAAAGAAUUAAACCAUGUUCUACCUGCUAAAUUGAUGGAUAAUAAGAAGGCUAUAACCCAUCAUUCGAGGGGGAGAUCUCUUGAUUUAGGAAAGAAAAACAGUGACCAAAACUCCCAUUACUAUGGCCCAUCUUUCUUGCAGAUUAAUGAGAUCGCUAAAGGUGCACAAAAACUUAACCAAAUUCUUAAAGCCUGCAAUAAUAAUGGAUUUGAAUUAGAUGGGAUCUCUAUAAAUGUUGGAAGGGACCUAUUGAGAGGGGCUAUGGAUUUGGAAGCAUCAUUGAGAAUGCUUGUGAAGCUACAAGAGGCCUCGAAACAAGUGGCUCACACACACAGAAAUGAUAUUCGACUCAUUGAGGAGGAAGACAGGGAAACGAAAGUGGUUUCCAAGCAGAGGAAGGGCAGUGGAUUCAAAGAGAAUAAGGAGAGAGAAACAAAAACAAAAGCCAUUGAAGCAUACUCCCGAAAAUCACAACAUGAGGGUCCUAGAUUUUCCUUUGAUGGUUCCUCAGGAAACCCUCCUUCAGAUCUCCGGGAGAUUAUUGCAAGCAAUCUCACUAAACAAAAGCUCCUCACCCUACCCUCCACAAGUUCAAGGGUAUUGGUUUCUGAUCAUAAAGCCCAAACUCCUUCCUCUUCUCACAAACCAUCACACCGCCGGUCCAUGAGUUCUACUCUAGAUUCAAAGGCAGUGCGUGAGCUUUCAAGUGAGAGAAGCAAUGCCUCUAGUUUCAAGGAGCUCUUGGUUUCAAAAGACGCCAACAUUUCAGAGGGUUGUGGCAAUUAUUUUACUCCCAAUGGAAAUAAAACCAAGGAUGAUAAACAGAGAACUCCUGAAAAUAAGACAGCAAGGAUUCCUAAUGUAAUUGCAAAACUAAUGGGUCUUGAAGAAGUUCCUCUGCAAAUGGAGGCAAACAAAAGUGGGGGGCUGCGAGCUCAAGAGCCCAGGCAUGAGUCUGGCGGUAGAGAGAGAAACUCAAACCAAAAGCGACAAGGAAAUACAAAAGACAUCGAUAUCAAACCCAUUUUAGAUACGAAUUUGCAGAAGAAUGUAGUACCACAACUGAAGAACAGUUGGGGGCAAAGGGGUCCAGACCCAAAGCAUGAAACUGAUGAUAGAGGAAGAAAGUUUAACCAGAAGCAACAAGAAGUUUCAAGCAACAAGGAUGACAAAACCAAUUUAGCAUUUAAUUCAUUCAAGAACAUGGCAUCACAGAUGAAGAACAGUGGUGGACAGAAAGGUCCAGAUCCCAGGCAUGAAGCAGAAGAUAGAGAGAAAAAUAUGAACCAGAAGCAACAGGAAAACACAGGAAACAAAACCAUUCUAGAGAUAGAUUUGCAGAAGAAUGUGGUACCUGAGCUAAAGAACAAUGGGGUACAGAGAAACAGAGACCCAAAACAAGAAACACAGGAUAGAGAGAGAAUUUCAAACCAUAGGCAACAAGAAAAUGGCAGAAAUAGAGAUAACAAACCCAUUUUAGAGAUUGAUUUGCAGAAGUAUGAGAUGAAUGAGCUGAAAAAGAGGGAGCAGCAAAAAGAUCCACACCCCAAGCAAGAAACUGGGAAUGGAGAGAGAACUUCGAACCAGAGGGAAAAAGAAAAUGCCAGAAAUAAGGACAGCAAGCCAGUUUUAUGCACUGACUUGCAGAAGAAUGUGGAAUCCAUGAAGAAGAUUGCAGUGUCCCAAGAUACAAGGUCAGGAACUGUAUCAACAGACAAGAACUCCCAUGAAAGAGAAGUCGUGAAAAAUGACGGAUUAACUCUGGACAAGGAUUUUCAAAACAUACACAAGGCCAACUUAUUGAUACAAAGGGAUCCUGAGAAAAUGGUCCUCAAAAAUGAGCCAAAGAAGAAAGAUCUAAACACAUAUCGAGUCACAGAAGAGAGAAAGUCAGAGGAAAAAGAAAACAAACCUGACCAGAAUGAAAAGAAAGUUUUAAAGGAAAGUAUGUUGAUGCCAAGGAGCUUAUCAGAACCAGCCACAAACUCUGAGACACAAAAUACUAGGCUGGCUAACCAAAAUUCAGAGGCCCAUAAAAGUUCAAAGGGAGCUCAUAAAAUGCAGAUUAGAGGACCUCAGAAGAGUAAUGAUCAUGUCGAACACAAGAACUCCAUAGCUGCCUUGCUCAGAAGCGACACUGAGAAAACUACAUGGCCUGUUCAGCCAACAGUCGUCACUGAGCAAGUUCUUAUGCCAUCUGCACAAGUCAAGGGAGGAACCCAAGAAGUAAAACUAAAGAAGGGAGUGGAGUCCAAGAAACAAGAGGAAUCAAGGCCUCAGAAAGCCACACUUCGAUCCAUAGAAGCAAGGCCACUAAAGCCAGAGAACCUGUCACAGGAACUGAAAAAGAAAAGGAAUGAGAGAAUUAGGAAGUCAAGAAACGAGUUAGUGACUAGUAAACCAAUGGAACUGGAAGAACAAUUACCAGGAAAAGAUAAUAAUAAAUUCAAUUCAGCUCCCCUUGUUGAAGAUGAACACAAGAGCCCACAAGAACCAGUUCGGCCCACAACUGUAACACUAGAGGAUCAUGGCAUGGACAUAGAAAACAAGUCCUAUAUACAACCGCCAUUGCUGGCAAUGAAGGAAAGCAGCUUUGGAGAUACCUUCAACACCGGAGAAAUUCAAUUCAGAGGUCCCUUACAUGGAGAACAAAGCUACUCUAACAUUAUUUCACAACCAGACCAGCAUCAAAUAAAUCCCACAUCCAGAAGCGACAGCAGGAAAAUGAAAGUAACUUCAACACUCACAGACCAGGAGAACCACUUGAAGCUCUUGCUGAUCAACAGUCCAAAAUUUCUCAAUGCAGCAGUUGCACUGUUUAACCUCCUGAUUCCUGUUGGUUUUCUUCAUGCAACCUCUCUCAAAUCCGCAGAUGAAGAGAACAAGUUGAUGGCAGAUUGUGCAUGUGAAAUAAUGAGAAGGAAGAGCAGAAUAAAAGAACUCGAGAUAUACCCUUCUUGUAAAACUAAAGCUGUUCUAGUAAAGGUGACAUGCUUGGAUGAAUUGGUCAAGGAAUUGUACAAAGACCUUGAGCAUCUGAAAUUCCACGGUGAUGAUGGUGCUGAUAAUUACAACACCGCUGAUUAUUUGCAUAAAAUGGUACAGAGAGAUGUUAAAAACAAGCAUCCUGAUGUCAAUAGCAUGUGGGGACUGGGGUGGGAGGAUACUUUGUUUGCAGAACAGGAAAAGGAUGAACUUUUGAGGGAAGUACAGAAGCAUAUACUAGAUGGCCUCGUACAAGAGAUCCUUGGAGACAUAAUUAUCCAAUAACCAAAGUGGUAACACAAUACCUUCUAUAAGAAUCCAAGUCGAAGUGGUUUUGUAGAGUGUUAGCACGAAGAAUUACUACUGCAGUAUGAUGACUACAAUAGCUACUUUAUAUACGGACAAAGAAGAAAGAGAGGAUUAUGUAUGCGAAUAAUGGGAUCAAGAAACUGUACAUACAUAGAAAUUAUGUAUUUAUCCUUUCUUGUUUCCAAAAUAGUUUCUUUAUAAGUGCUGUUUUGGUAUUGGCAUCCAGAACUUUUCCUAUCAGAAUAUAUAUAUCUUUUUAUUUGUAAAUCUCAACAUAU